AUGCCAGGGAUGAUGCGCUUACCGGCGAACCAGGAGCAGAUCCCCACGUGGGCGCGCGAGAUGGACCGUGAGAUGAUGCAGCGCCCGCAGACACUCCAGGUGCCCAUGGCAGAGAAGAACAAGGCCCGCAGCUCAUUUGGCGAUCUGAGCACCACGGCGAGCUCUGCCACCCGAGGAGAUCUCUCGUCUUCGUUCUCGUUCACAGGCAGCAACAGUGUCUUGGACGAGGACCGGGUCGAAAGAACACAUCGGUUGGCGGAGUUUGUGAUUCAGCUCGGCCAGGCGGAGCCUUUCCAGUGGAAGCAGGAGGUGGAGAGGGGGGUGAUGAGCUGCAGCUCCUCGAUCUGCUCCUUCGCAGACUUAAAAAUCUCAUUCUGGCAGCGUCGAG